UCUGGCUGCUGCCAGGUUCAGAGUGGUUUCAUCGGUCUCCUCGUACGGCUUUCCCCAUGGCCUGCUGACUUCAUCGCCAGACUCUACGCUUCGCACUUGCCUUGUGCCACUUUCAGGUCUCCUCUUACACUGCUUUGGUCCAGGGGUUCCAUGGGGGGGAAUGUGAUAGGGUGCUGGGCCCCCGUACCGACUCCUCAUGCUGCUGCCAGGCCCGUAAUCUGUCAUGGGCCCCUGUACCGGCACUCUCAUGCUGCUGCCAGGUCCAGAGUGUGUCAUGGGUCCUGUACGGCCUCCCAUUGCUGCUGUCUCCAUCGCCACAACUGCUGCCAUGUGCCACUUUCAGGCUCUCCUCACACUGCUGGUGGGUUCUCACUUUUG